AUGUCAGCAGUCCAGCUGGAUCGGCAGAAUUUACCUUCAUAUAUAAAGUUCUAUAAGCAAUUCGACGAAAGCAAUGUGGAAUGUAAAAGUGGAUGCGAUAAUAAUAUAACAAAUGUUACAGAUAGAUGUAAGGGAAAUAAAUGUAAUGUUACAAUAGACCGAAUUAAGAAAGCACUGGGCUAUAUAUACCAUGAAUGCGGAAAAGAUAAGACACCAUCCAAAGAGGAAGCUUACCACUUCUUUUAUUAUUGGUUGGGAGAUAAAUUAUCGAAGAGUGAAGAGGGACGUGCCAAUUUUCUAGCUGAAAUAGGUCUUAUUUGCGACGCUAUAAAUGAUUCCUGUACAUCAGGACAAAAAUGUGGAAUUCCCCGUGAUAAUCCUGAACCGAGCACAUUCGAUAGUCAGAAAAAAAUAUUCGACUAUUAUUACGACUACAGUAGAAUAAAGGAAAAUUUAAAAAAUGGUGAGCCCAACUGCCAUGACAGUUGGUCAAGUUACCGUGCUGAAGUUUCCUUAGCAUGUGACGUUGUGAAGGAAUAUUGCGCAGGAAAGGGGAAGGAUGAUGAGAAGGCAUAUUGUGAAGAAUUCAAAACAAAAUACCUACCAUAUUGUACUAUGGCAAAACUGUCAGAACUGACAUGUGAAUUAACAUCUACACAACAAAGAAUAGUGUCUGCAGCAACACUAGCAGUAUCAUCUAAAGCGAACGAAGCCGUAAGUAAAGCUACCACCACCGCUUCCCUUACUUCCUCAAUGGUCGCAAGUAAGUACAACCAUUAUAAGUACAUAAUUAUAAUAGAAAAAUAUAUUUACAAUUAUAAUUAA